AGAGUAGUUCUUUUGGAGGUCGCAGCGGUUGGAGAGGAAAAUGACAUCGAUUAUCAAGUUGACUACGCUUUCAGGGGUGCAGGAGGAAUCUGCCCUUUGCUAUCUGUUGCAAGUAGAUGAGUUUCGUUUUCUUUUGGAUUGUGGCUGGGAUGAGAACUUUUCGAUGGACAUUAUUGAUUCUCUGAGGAAACAUGUUCACCAAGUUGAUGCUGUCCUUCUUUCUCAUCCUGACCCUCUACACCUUGGUGCUCUUCCAUAUGCAGUUGGAAAAAUGGGAUUGAAUUGUGCUAUUUAUGCAACUAUACCUGUCUAUAAAAUGGGACAGAUGUUUAUGUAUGAUCUCUACCAGUCCCGCCAUAAUACUGAAGAUUUCACACUCUUUACAUUGGAUGAUGUAGAUGCAGCUUUUGAUAAGAUACAACAGCUGAAGUUUUCUCAGAUUGUGAACUUGAAAGGCAAAGGACAUGGUUUGUCCAUCACACCAUUGCCAGCUGGCCACAUGAUAGGAGGCACAAUCUGGAAGAUUGUCAAGGAUGGAGAGGAAGAGAUUGUUUAUGCAGUUGAUUUCAACCACAAGAGGGAGAUCCAUCUGAAUGGAUGUUCCUUGGAAAUGUUGAGCAGACCUUCAUUGCUUAUUACUGAUUCAUUUAAUGCUACUUAUGUACAACCCAGGAGGAAGCAAAGGGAUGAACAGUUACUGACUAAUGUUUUGGAGACAUUACGAGGUGAUGGAAAUGUAUUAAUAGCCGUGGAUACAGCAGGCAGAGUUCUGGAACUUGCUCAACUUCUUGAUCAGAUCUGGAGAACAAAAGAUGCAGGAUUAGGAGUCUACUCUCUGGCACUUUUAAAUAACGUCAGCUACAAUGUAGUGGAGUUUUCUAAAUCACAGGUUGAAUGGAUGAGUGACAAGUUGAUGAGGUGCUUUGAAGACAAGAGAAACAAUCCUUUUCAGUUCCGCCACCUCUCCUUAUGUCAUAGUCUGUCUGAUCUGGCUCGAGUGCCUAGUCCAAAAGUUGUUCUUGCCAGUCAACCUGACUUGGAGUGUGGGUUUUCUAGAGAUCUUUUCAUUCAAUGGUGCCAGGAUUCCAAAAACUCUAUAAUUUUAACUUACCGUACUACACCUGGAACAUUAGCACGAUUCCUGAUCGAUAAUCCUUCUGAAAAAGUUAUAGAUAUUGAGUUGAGAAAACGUGUUAAGUUGGAAGGAAAAGAACUUGAAGAAUACCUAGAAAAGGAGAAACUUAAGAAAGAAGCAGCUAAGAAGUUGGAACAGUCUAAAGAGGCAGAUAUUGAUUCCAGUGAUGAGAGUGAUGCUGAAGAGGAUAUUGAUCAGCCAACUGUACAUAAGACCAAACAUGAUUUAAUGAUGAAAGGUGAAGGUAGCAGGAAAGGAAGCUUCUUCAAACAGGCAAAGAAAUCUUAUCCAAUGUUUCCAGCUCCUGAAGAAAGAAUCAAAUGGGAUGAAUAUGGCGAGAUUAUCAAACCUGAGGAUUUUCUAGUUCCAGAACUUCAAGCAACAGAAGAAGAAAAAAGCAAAUUAGAAUCUGGUUUGACGAAUGGAGAAGAACCUAUGGACCAGGAUUUAUCAGAUGUUCCUACCAAAUGUAUCUCUGCAACAGAGUCCAUGGAAAUAAAAGCCAGAGUUACAUAUAUUGACUAUGAAGGACGCUCAGAUGGGGACUCAAUUAAAAAAAUUAUUAACCAGAUGAAACCAAGACAGCUGAUCAUUGUCCAUGGACCACCUGAGGCCAGUCAGGACCUUGCAGAAUGUUGCAGAGCUUUUGGUGGAAAAGAUAUUAAAGUUUACAUGCCAAAACUGCAUGAAACUGUAGAUGCAACCAGUGAAACUCACAUUUACCAGGUCAGGUUAAAAGACUCUCUUGUCAGCUCGCUUCAGUUCUGUAAAGCCAAGGAUGCUGAGCUGGCUUGGAUAGAUGGUGUUCUGGACAUGCGGGUUUCGAAAGUGGAUACAGGAGUUAUUUUGGAAGAGGGGGAGCUGAGGGAAGAUGAAGACUUAGAGAUGCAAGUGGAUGUGCCUUCUUCAGACUCUAGUGUCAUUGCACAACAGAAGGCCAUGAAAAGCCUCUUCGGUGAUGAUGACAAGGAGAUGUGUGAGGAGAGUGAGAUCAUUCCUACUUUGGAACCUCUGCCACCUCAUGAGGUACAGAAAUAACGUCAGUCUGGACUUUUUUGAAGAGC